CUGUAGCGGCUCUCUCUGCUUCUGCUCUGCUCUGUUAGUUUGUUCUCUAGCUCACUUUGACACCUAUAAAAAGGACCUUUGCUCCAUUGCUGCUAGUCUCCCUCAUUCAAUUCAUUUACAAGUACAUAUACAUACAGACUAUAGAGAGAGACACACAUAAGGGGAGCUCUGUAGAGAGAGAAACAAAGAAAUGUAUGCUGAGAAUGGGCUAAUGUUCCCUUACUGGCCGAGCUUUCCUCAAGAAGCUCAGCAACUUGAAGACUUGUAUUGCUCUCAGAGACCCAAUGGCUCAUUGACCACAUCGUCUAUAUCAGAUUAUGACCUUGGAGGAGAAGGGGAUCUGUUCAAGGCUCCAGAACCAAUUAUCGAAGAACCAUUGGUGGAUCUUGAUCCAAUGACAGCUGCUAUCUCAUUGAUAUCUUGCGGAGAUGAUGUCAUCUCUCCCCAAGGCCUCGAGAUUUCCAAUAUUGAAUCGUCGUUUGAGAAUGGGCAGCUCCUCAGCGAGGUUUUCUAUGAAUGCAAGAAAGAUCUUUUGGCAAAAGACGGGAUAGAAGCGCCACUCUCUGAAGAUCUUGAUGUCAAGAUUCCCAUUGCCGAGACCGAUGAAAAGAUGGCGGCAUCAGAGGCGCAUUUGGAUUCUCAGGGGUCACUUCAGAAAAGCGUUAGUUCGAAGUCUCUAAACACCAUGGACUGGGCACAAUGCGCUCCAUUGAGGCCUAAUUUUUUCGACUUCCCGGGAAUGGACUUUGGCGCUGCUGCUUAUGGGAUAAGAAGAUCACUCAGUGAAGGAGACAUAAAGACUCUCGGUAAUGGUAAUAUAAACCUCAUCCACUCCCCACACGGACAAUCUCAAAUUAUACGCACUUCCAUCUCUGAAGACCGAAAGGAGAAGCUAUCCAGAUACCGGAUCAAGAAGGCUAAGAGGAAUUUCGGCAGGAAAAUCAAGUAUGCUUGCAGGAAGGCAUUGGCAGACAGUCAACCAAGGAUCCGAGGAAGAUUUGCGAAAACCGAAGAAUCCAAGAGCGAGAAGCACUGAGUGUUCAACUCUAUGAAUAAGAAGGCAGAAGGGUGUUAUGUUAGUACUGGGUAGUUGUUGGUGAAGAAGAAGAAGAAGAUAAUGUAAGAUCUUGCGGCAUUAGUAAGUAGUUUGUUGUUCUGUUCUUAGUUGCAAUAAUGUUCCUCGUAGAUUAGUAAUAAUCCAACUACAGAUGUACAUAGUGUUUGCUGAAUAAGAAUGAGUAUGUUCCAUAAA